AUGAAGUUCGGCGGGUCGUCGGUGGCCUCGGCCGAGAGGAUGCGGGAGGUGGCAGACCUCAUCCUCAGCUUCCCCGAGGAGCGCUCGGUCGUCGUGCUGUCAGCGAUGGGGAAGACCACCAACAAACUCCUCAUGGCUGGGGAAAAAGCAGUGGGCUGUGGCACGACCAACGUCUCGGAGUUCGACGAGCUCUCCUUUGUUAAGGAAUUGCAUCUUGGCUAUGGUUCUGUGACGCUUGAUCAGCUUGGGCUAGAUAGGUCAAUUAUUUAUGGUUUGUUGGAUGAACUCGAACAACUUCUCAAGGGAAUUGCUAUGAUGAAAGAGCUGACUCUUAGAACACGAGAUUAUCUAGUUUCAUUUGGUGAAUGCAUGUCUACAAGAAUAUUUACUGCACUUUUAAACAAAAUCAGGGUAAAAGCUCGGCAGUAUGAUGCAUUUGAUCUUGGCUUUAUAACUACCGAUGAUUUCACAAAUGCGGAUAUUCUGGAAGCAACAUAUCCUGCUGUUGCGAAGAGGCUACAUGGGGACUGGAUUAACGAUCCUGCUAUUCCUAUAGUCACUGGCUUUCUUGGAAAGGGAUGGAGAUCUGGUGCAAUAACCACCUUGGGCAGGGGUGGUAGCGACUUGACAGCUACAACCAUUGGCAAAGCCUUGGGAUUAAGAGAAAUCCAGGUUUGGAAAGAUGUUGAUGGUGUUUUAACAUGUGACCCAAAUAUCCAUCCUAAGGCAAAACCUGUGCCAUACUUGACAUUUGAUGAGGCAGCCGAACUUGCCUAUUUUGGAGCGCAGACUGUUUUGACUAGCAUUGUUUUGAAAUCAAAUAUUACAAUGUUUGAUAUAGUGAGCACACGCAUGCUUGGCCAGUACGGUUUUCUAGCUAAGGUUUUUUCAAUAUUUGAAGACUUGGGCAUCUCUGUUGAUUGUGUGGCUACCAGUGAAGUCAGCAUAUCCUUGACACUGGAUCCAUCGAAACUAUGGAGUUGUGAAUUGGUUCAGCUAAAAAAUGAACUUGAUGAUGUCAUUGAAGAGCUUCAAAAGAUAGCAGUUGUUCAUCUACUGCAGAACAGGUCAAUAAUAUCUUUAAUUGGAAAUGUGCAGAGGUCAUUUUUGAUUCUUGAAAAGGCUUUCAAUGUUCUAAGAAGAAAUGGUGUCAAUGUCCAGAUGAUAUCGCAAGGGGCGUCCAAGGUGAACAUUUCCUUGGUGGUCCAUGACAGUGAGGCAAAGCAGUGUGUUCAAGCCCUCCACUCUGCGUUCUUUGAGAAUGGCUUCUUGUUGGAAGCUGACGAGUUGGAAGUUCUGCACGAUGGCUUUACAUCGCAUCCCAAUGGCACAAUCCACAGCCCUUAG